GCGGGAGGGAGCGCGCGCGCCUCUGCUGCACCGCGCAGUUCCCAGCCAGUCGGGGCAGAGGCAGGAGCGCAGCCAGGUUGUCGCAGAGGGCGCCCUCUCCCACCCUCCUGGCCCCCCGCUGCUCGCCCGCAGCUCCGAGGGAGGGGGCGAGACCCGCGCCCGUGGCCAGCCAGUCCAGCCCAGCCCAGGAAGGCGACCAGUCGGGAGGAUGGAAGUGCCUCGCCUGGACCAUCCCCGGAGCAGCCCGGCCAGCCCCUGCGAGGAUGUCCUCAAGAACCUCAGCCUGGAGGCGAUUCAGCUCUGCGACCGGGACGGGAAUAAAUCACAAGACAGUGGGAUUGCCGAGAUGGAAGAACUCCCAGUUCCUCACAACAUCAAGAUUAGCAACAUCACUUGCGAUUCUUUCAAGAUUUCAUGGGACAUGGACUCCAAGGCGAAGGAACGUAUCACCCACUAUUUCAUCGAUCUAAAUAAGAAAGAAAACAAGAAUUCCAACAAAUUUAAGCACAAGGAUGUGCCUACAAAACUAGUGGCAAAAGCUGUCCCCCUGCCUAUGACCGUCCGUGGCCACUGGUUCCUGAGCCCACGGACUGAAUACACAGUUGCUGUACAGACGGCUUCCAAGCAGGUGGAUGGAGACUACACAGUUUCAGAAUGGAGUGAGAUUAUUGAAUUCUGUACGGCAGAUUAUUCCAAGGUUCACUUAACACAACUUUUGGAAAAGGCAGAAGUGAUUGCAGGGCGUAUGCUUAAAUUUUCAGUCUUUUAUCGGAAUCAGCACAAAGAAUACUUUGACUACAUCAGAGAGCAGCAUGGAAGCGUCCUGCAGCCCUCCGUGAAGGAUAACAGCGGCAGCCACGGGUCUCCCAUCAGCGGGAAGCUGGAGGGGAUCUUUUUUAGCUGCCACACCGAAUUCAACACCGGAAAGCCCCCCCAAGAUUCGCCUUACGGAAGAUACAGGUUUGAUAUCACAGCCGAGAAACUUUUCAACCCAAACACAAAUUUGUACUUCGGGGACUUCUACUGCAUGUACACGGCCUACCACUAUGUCAUUCUUGUCCUUGCCCCCGUCGGCUCUCUGGGGGACGAAUUCUGCAAGCAGCGCCUGCCUCAGCUGAACUUGCAGGAUAACAAAUUCCUGACCUGCACCGAAGAAGAAGACGGGGUCAUGGUUUACCACCAUGCACAGGAUGUCAUCUUGGAAGUGAUUUACACUGAUCCGGUCAGUCUCUCCCUCGGCACAGUGGCAGAAAUCACCGGCCACCAACUCAUGAGUUUGUCCACUGCCAAUGCCAAGAAAGAUCCAAGCUGCAAGACAUGUAACAUCAGUGUGGGACGCUAAUUUCCAUCUCCACCCUCCUUAGGACCCUCCUCCGUUGCCUACGCCCUCUCUCCACCCUCCACAUCAGACGCAUGACGAAUGCCCUCCUUCCCAGAAGCGAGCCCCUGUCACCCAGUUCUUCAACAGUUCCUCUCGCGGAGCAGAGCUACAUGUUCCAGCCACGCUGGGGCAGCCCCCUAAACGGCAUCCAGUGAAGUAUCUUUCUCCCUUUCUGCCCUACAGCAUUGAAGCCGAGCAUGCUGGCCGUUGUACCCACAGCUUAUGUGCUUUCCCUGUUCCGGUUGGAUGCUGCUGGUGGGGACACGGGAUGGGAUGGCCUCACCGUGCCAGUCAGUGGGUCCCUGCGUCAUGGGGGAGAAAGGAAAGGAGCUCCACGUGGAGACAGUAUUAUCUGCAGCCGCCCUGUGUAGCAUGUAGUUCUGCCCUUAGCAUUUCCCACGUUCCUUCCCUCCUGAUCCGCCAUUGCUUCCAACUGUUCAAAAUCUUGAGGGUAUUUUAGUUUUCUUUUCUUUUCUUUUUUUCCCUAGCAACCAUUUAUACAUCUAGGUGCUGCAAUUGGUGUUAAUUUGUCCCUCCUCUCUCCAUACUGCCAAAUGUAACAAAUCUAUAUAAACAAGCUUGAGUAAAAUAAAAUUUCCUGGCUUCUAAAUAGUGUUUAAAUAUGCAUUCAUUUUAACCUACUGAACAACUUAACUGGAAUAUUUCUAAACAGCAUGAACAGGUAUAAUGGCAGCAUGAUUAACUCUCACAAGCCUAGGAAAAAAAACAAAUGUCAGCACUUCCAAUGUGUCGUUUGACAGUGUUAUUUAUGUUAUUUAUAUGAGCUAACAAACAAACGGAAGACCUGUGUUUCAUCAUAAUAGAAAAAUAUUUUAUUUGUACUGUUGUAUAAAAUAUUAUACAAUCAUAUAGAAUAUAUAGAUGGCAUUUUAAUAGCAACUGUACACAUGUCAUGACAGCAUUUUCCCUUAUCAAAGAUGUAGUUUGUAAACUUCAAAUACUUGUGUAUCUGUUCCUGUUGCUCUGACAUGAGUUUUAAUUAAAACAGAUUUAUGAAGGAGA